AUGACGGAUUUUCCGGAGUGGAGCGCUGGCGAGAUCGUCGAGGACGAUGUCGGGGAGUACCUGGACGCACGCAGCGCUCGUGCCGCGAAGCUCCCACCCAAGAUGCGCCGCGAAGGACGCAUUCCGCCCAAGAAGGACCCUAAACUCUCUCCGAGUCCCAAAUUAUUUAUCGGGUUUGUUCCGCUUCCGGAGUGCGAGAGUGUGGAUGACGACCUCGUUGAGAAGAGCCUAGACAGCUCGCCGCCAGGGCUGUCCCGUGGCAAGAGGCAAUUACCUAAGGUGUCGCCACUCCGCCAAGCCUUAGCACAGCCGAAGGGACCGUCUAUAGCAGCGAAGGUAUCAGAGACGGCGCUGGCGCAGUUGUCCACACCACCUUUGGCUACACGUUGCCGACCAUGUGUUGCGUCAACGACCGACGUUUCUGCCACCCGCCGAGGCAGCACAGCUGCUGCUGCCCCCGAGCAGCUCUUGUCCAAUGUGACCGCAUCAAGAGGCAGUCGGCGUCCCAAUGCCACGCCGCAGAACACGGAUCCCAACCCCCUUUCUCCGUCAACGUUGCGGCCGGUGGCCAGCGUAAAAAGCAGCAAGACUACGCUGCCGCCGCCUGCCGACCGCCAGAACACGGCAGGUCAACCUUCUGCACCGAACAAGCGUAUCUUGAGGGUCUCUUCGCCGGGGGUGUCUGUGAGCAGCUUUGACAGCAGCACCAAUUUCGAAUGCGAUGGCAGUAUAAGUGCAGUUGCUCCACCUCUCUCCGCCCCUGCCGAAAUGAGUCUGCCAGCGCUAAGGAAUCAGGCGGUCCGUGCUCGGCAUGACAGUCUGCGAAUGCCCUUCUCUGCUGAGACACCGGCGUCACUGCAGGCCAAGACUCCAUCGCAUGCCCCGCUGCGUACUAAAGCGUCUGGGACGCGCGGGUCAACGCCAACGAAAACCGAUCGCGUUGUCGCGUGCAACAGCACUGCACCCGCUUCUUCACACAUAGUGAAUCCCCAUCCAUCCUUGUGGGAGCCUGCUAGCGGUACCUACAAGGCUCGUGUUUCGAAGGUUGCACCGACCGUGGCUGCCCCUGCGUCCGCGGGCCCGAUGAGGAGCUCCGCGGUAGCGAUGAGCGGACAUCGCGCGGUGCCGCUCUCGAGCAUAGAGCGGAGCACCCCUCUGCAGCGCUUCACGUCGAAGCCCAAGAGUGAGCCCGGAGCGUCCGGUGACGGCUACACCUAUGGCGGCUACCUUGCGUUUGGCAGAACAGUCGACUAUCAGAGCAAGGACACCUUUGCAGGGUCACAGACGUGCACCGUUGUGUCUAGCGUUGCUUCGUCAACCGACUACUCGGUACUGCCGGUAGCGUACGACUCGAAUGCGCAUGGUGUGGGUAAGACGGGGCCAUUCAUAGCGCUGCCGCACAUCGGCUCCGCUAGGGCGUCGACGAUCGCUGAGCUGCGCAAUCUCCCCGCUUGCACACCUGCUGUACCUGCCGCCAGCGGCCAACGACUCACUACCAUAGCACCAGGAUCAUCAAAACACCCGCGACCCUCACGGAAUUCGGUGCCUACCAGCGCCAUGGCUUCCCGCACGCAGUCCUUCUCACAGAAGGGGCCCGCCACAAAACCUGCAACGAUCAGUUCAAAGACAUCGUUGACUGCUCCUGCUCUCGUUGCCAGCAAUAAGAACAACAAAGUCAAAGAAGAGGUUCACGCGAAUAACCUGAACGACAACAGGGGCCCCCUGAACGCUGACAAGCACCGCAAGUCUGUACCAAAUAAAGGACGAUCGCUGCGUCGGCGCGGCACAGACUUUGAGGAGGUUUGA